GGGGUCGGGGGACGCACGCUCAGUUAGUGUGAACCUGACUCCCCUCGAGGGCGGAUGUGGAUCGAUGGUUGUCGGUGUCGCAGCGCUCGCCUGAAAACAAUGGUGUCGUAAAAGUGACCGCUAAAGCCAUGGCCAAGUUAUCGUUCCCAAAGGGUUUGUAGAGCCCGCGAUGUACUGCUCCACUGACGAGGGUAUAGCGGUAGCGCAAAAGCGCCGUCGUAGCGCCAUGAUGAUGUGGAAUUCUGUGUGUCUGUCCUUCCUCAUCCUCCUGGUGGCGACCAUGGUCGGUGCCACAGAGGGGGAGACAGCCAAGGAGUCCCGAUGCGAAGAAAUCACCAUUCCAAUGUGCCGCAGUAUCGGAUAUAAUUACACGUCGAUGCCAAAUCAGUUCAAUCAUGACAGUCAGGACGAGGCUGGACUGGAAGUCCAUCAAUUUUGGCCUCUGGUGGAAAUAAUGUGUUCGCCCGACCUGAAGUUCUUUCUGUGUUCUGUGUAUGCGCCCAUCUGCAUUGAAGACUACGAUAAGCCCUUGCCGGCCUGCAGGAGCGUCUGCGAAAGGGCAAAGGCCGGCUGUGCACCAAUUAUGCAACAGUAUGGGUUUAAAUGGCCCGAACGCAUGGACUGUUCCAAACUUCCCGAAUAUGGCGAUACAUUGAACCUGUGCAUGGAUAAGCGUAAUGGCUCUGCGCCGGAGGAGGAACGGCCCAAAAACUACGGGAAUCUAGAUAAAAAAUGUCGAGGUAAGAAUUCUAAAUAUUGUCCUAAACCGACUCGCAAGGACACAUGCAAAUGCACUUGUCAAAGACAUUUGAUCUCGCUCGAUGCUUCUUAUCGACAGUUCGGACCCAACCGAAACGAGUCCUUCUCAGUAGGUAGUGUUGCCGACUGUGCAUUGCCCUGCCACGGGAUUUAUUUCAGCGAAGACGAACGGACAUUCGCCCAAUUCUGGAUAGCCACUUGGGCCAUUCUGUGUUGCGUGUCAACAUUAACGACCAUCACUACUUUCUUGAUUGAUAUGGACAGAUUCAAGUACCCGGAAAGACCCAUUAUCUUCCUGAGCGGAUGCUACUUCAUGGUGUCCGUCGGGUAUAUCAUUCGCAUGGUAGCUGGGCAUUCAGAGGUUGCAUGCGAUGGGGAUAUGAUCAUCUACAACUACCAUCUCGUCCGCCACAACCCUUAUGGGUCUGGCCUUUGUACGACGGUGUUCCUCCUCAUCUACUUCUUCGGGAUGGCCUCCAGCAUCUGGUGGGUGGUGCUGGCUUUCACCUGGUUCCUGGCAGCGGGUCUCAAGUGGGGCAACGAGGCCAUCGCGGGAUACUCAACCUGGUUCCACCUGGCGGCGUGGCUUCUCCCAACCAUCCAGAGCAUUACCGUCCUGGCACUGGCGGCCGUCGACGGCGAUUCAGUUGCCGGCAUUUGCUACGUCGGCAAUCAAGACAUCGGCAAUCUUCGUGGAUUCGUCCUGUCACCCCUCUUCGUUUAUUUGGUCCUUGGCUCUUGCUUUCUUCUGGCCGGAUUCGUCAGCCUAUUCCGGAUCAGAAACGUCAUUAAGCAGCAAGGAAGAACCAAAACUGAAAAACUCGAGAAGUUGAUGAUAAGGAUCGGGGUGUUCAGUGUUCUGUACACCGUGCCAGCUACGAUCGUCAUAGGAUGUUACUUCUACGAGCAAAUGUACGUCGAGGACUGGCAGGACUCCCUCGUCUGCCCCUGCAGCACUCACCAAGGGGAGCGACCCGAUUACUCUGUGCUGAUGCUGCGUUACUUCAUGACGUUGGUGGUGGGCAUCACGGCCGGUUUCUGGAUAUGGUCUGGCAAGACACUGGAUUCCUGGCGGAGGUUCUAUCAGCGUGUGUGCCCCGGCGCCCACGCUCACACUUACGAGUACCCAACAAGACCCAUGAAGCAGGCAACGGCGCCUUCCUGCGCUUCCUUCCCACCUCCGCCCAUGAGCGCCCAGGGCACCGCCCACAGUGUAGCGUCACACCUGGGCUCCGUUAACAAGACACUGCCCUUGUCACACGUAUGACAGGAGGGGGAGGAGGGGGCUUACAUUCCUGGACCUCAGAGCAGUAUUGGAGGCUGCCAAGGGGGCAGCAGUGUUGUGGGGGGUGGUGCCCCCUCCACCUGUCACAGUGUCACCACACCACAUGUUUACGUUGACCCAAGAGACGUGCCCUAUGACCUCUAAGAGGGCAAAAUAAUGUCACGUCCUCAUGAAAAGAAAAAGAGUAUUUUAUGUGUGAGGGAAUAUAUAUAUAUAUAUAUAUAUA